CUGCCUGCCUGCCUGCCUGCCUGUCGGCCCAGUGUGAAGAGCUCACUCGAUGGAUAAACUUGCCUGGAUUCUAUCCACUCGCUCGCCCAGCAGUGAUACGUGUUCUCUCAGUGAUACUUGUUGUGAUAUUUCUUUUCAUGGAUAAUUUACGCGACUGACUUGAUCCUGUGGCAACAACAACAACACAGUCACGUGAUCUUGCCGGAAGUAACAUUUUAAAACGGUGACCACAAGGUGACGUCAGGGUGACCACAGGGUGACGUCAGAAAAAAAACAUGAACUUGAUUUGUUCCAGUUGAACUCCUCUGGACAUAAACAAUUGUGGAAUUAGCUGCUCAAAGUGUUUUUUACUCUGUGAUACUAUCCGACUGCCAAAUUCUCGCAUGUGGUGCUUCCUCAGUGCUAUAUUUAGAUAUUGAAGUACCCGUAUGUGGAGUUUCCUCUGUGCUAUAUUUAGAUAUUGAGGUGCCCUUAUGUGGUGUUUCCUCUGUGCUAUAUUUAGACAUUGAAGUGCCCGUAUGCGGUGUUUCCUCUGUGCUAUAUUUAGACAUUGAAGUGCCCGUAUGCGGUGUUUCCUCUGUGCUAUAUUUAGACAUUGAAGUGCCCGUAUGUGGAGUUUCCCACAAAAAAUGAGGUUCUCCCAUGAAAACCUUAUUUACUUCCCGCCAAGCCAUAGUUGUGAGUACGGUGCCCUGCGCGCCCCACAGAUUCCCUUCCCGCCCCUCCCCGACCUCCCCGACAUGUCGGAGACCAGCAUCAUCGUCACCACCAACGGCCCCAGCAACAACAUGAGCCCCAGCCCCAACCACCUGCACCACCUGAACCACAGCAUCGGCAGCGGCAGCCCCAACGGCACCAUGCUCCAGCAGGAUGGUAGCAACACCAUCUCUACCAUCCUCACCGUCCGGAUGAUUAUGCAGGGGAAGGAGGUCGGCAGUAUAAUUGGCAAGAAAGGCGACAAUAUCAAGAAAUUUAGAGAGGAUAGCGGCGCUAAAAUCAACAUCUCAGACGGUUCCUGCCCAGAGAGGAUUGUCACUGUGACCGGGUCCACAGACAACAUCCAUCGGGCAUUUGGCUUCAUCUGCAAGAAGUUUGAGGAGGAUCUCCAAAACACGCCGACCACACCCAAACCCCCCGUGACGCUACGUCUGGUGGUGCCAGCCAGCCAAUGUGGUUCUCUCAUCGGCAAGCAGGGCUGUAAGAUCAAAGAGAUCAGAGAGUCGACAGGCGCGUCCAUCCAAGUGGCCAGCGAGAUGUUGCCCAACUCCACGGAGCGGGCCGUCACGGUCUCUGGCACGGCCGACGCCAUCACCCAGUGCAUCAAGUACGUCUGCGGGAUAAUGCUAGAG